CGCCACUGCCCGCUUGCUUGCCUGCUGAAGGCUGUUCGUUGGUUUUGACCGGCUAGCGGGCACCAAGAAGCUGGAUCCCGAUAUCUUAGAGACCGCCGCGGAAACUGAGGAGUGAGUCGGAACGCGGUGGGCCCACUACAGGACUUGGGGCUCCAGAGGCAGGGACAUGAAGUUAUCUUUUAGCGAGGGUGUUUUGGAACUGAAAUAUUUAGAAUUGAAUAUAUCUGCUUCUGUCAAGGACUGUGCCCAAGGACUGUGCCCAAGGACUGUGACAUGUGGACUCCUCUUCCUCAGCAGUGACAGGCUGUGACCAAAGCGAAGAUUAUUUCUCUUUAUUCAGAAGCAUAGAUUUGUUUGCUGAUUGCAAGAAGAUGUUUCUUUGGCUCUUUCUGAUUGUGUCAGCCCUGAUUUCUUCAACAAAUACUGAUUCUGACAUAUCAGUGGAAAUUUGCAAUGUGUGUUCCUGCGUAUCAGUAGAGAAUGUGCUCUAUGUCAACUGUGAGAAGGUUUCAGUCUACAGGCCAAACCAGCUGAAACCACCUUGGUCUAAUUUUUAUCACCUCAAUUUCCAAAACAAUUUUUUAAAUAUUCUCUAUCCAAAUACAUUCGUGAAUUUUUCACAUGCAGUUUCUCUGCAUUUGGGAAAUAAUAAGCUGCAGAACAUUGAGGGAGGAGCCUUUCUUGGGCUCAGUGCAUUAAAGCAGUUGCACUUGAACAACAAUGAAUUAAAGAUUCUCCGAGCUGACACUUUCCUUGGCAUAGAGAACUUGGAGUAUCUCCAGGCUGACUACAAUUUAAUCAAGUAUAUUGAACGAGGAGCCUUCAAUAAGCUCCACAAACUGAAAGUUCUCAUUCUUAAUGACAAUCUGAUUUCGUUCCUUCCUGAUAAUAUUUUUCGAUUCGCAUCUUUAACCCAUCUGGAUAUACGAGGAAACAGAAUCCAGAAACUCCCCUAUAUUGGAGUUCUGGAACACAUUGGCCGGGUUGUUGAAUUGCAGCUGGAAGAUAACCCUUGGAACUGUAGCUGUGAUUUGUUGCCUCUAAAGGCUUGGUUGGAGAAUAUGCCAUAUAACAUUUACAUAGGAGAAGCUAUCUGUGAAACUCCCAGUGACUUGUAUGGAAGGCUCUUAAAGGAAACCAACAAGCAAGAAUUAUGCCCCAUGGGCACAGGGAGUGAUUUUGACGUUCGCAUUCUGCCCCCAUCUCAACUGGAAAAUGGCUUCACUACUCCAAAUGGUCACACUACUCAAACAACCUUGCACAGAUUAGUGACCAAACCACCGAAAACAACAAAUCCUUCCAAAAUCUCUGGAAUAGUGGCAGGCAAAGCCCUCUCCAACCGAAAUCUCAGUCAAAUUGUGUCAUACCAAACAAGAGUGCCUCCUCUUACACCUUGCCCGGCACCUUGCUUUUGCAAAACAUAUCCUUCUGAUUUAGGACUGAGUGUGAAUUGCCAGGAGAAAAAUAUACAGUCCAUGUCUGAACUGAUACCAAAACCUUUAAAUGCCAAGAAGUUGCAUGUCAAUGGCAAUAACAUCAAAGAUGUGGACAUUUCAGACUUCACUGAGUUUGAAGGACUGGAUUUGCUCCAUUUAGGCAGCAAUCAAAUCACAGUGAUCAAAGGUGAAGUGUUCCACAAUCUUACCAAUCUGCGCAGGCUUUAUCUCAAUGGCAACCAGAUCGAAAGGCUGUACCCUGAAAUAUUUUCAGGCCUUCACAACCUGCAGUAUCUGUAUUUGGAAUACAAUUUGAUUAAGGAAAUCUUAGCAGGCACUUUUGACUCCAUGCCCAAUUUGCAGCUACUGUACCUAAACAACAAUCUCUUAAAAAGCCUGCCAGUUUACAUUUUCUCUGGAGCACCCCUUGCUAGACUGAACCUGAGGAACAACAAAUUCAUGUACUUACCUGUCAGUGGAGUCCUUGAUCAGUUGCAGUCUCUUACCCAGAUUGAUUUGGAGGGCAACCCUUGGGACUGCACUUGUGACUUGGUAGCAUUAAAGCUGUGGCUAGAGAAGCUAAAUGAUGGGAUUGUUGUGAAAGAACUGAAAUGUGAGACUCCUGUUCAGUUUGCCAACAUUGAACUGAAGUCCCUCAAAAAUGAAAUCUUAUGUCCUAAACUAUUAAACAAGCCAUCUUCACCGUUCACAAGCCCUCCACCUGCAAUUACAUUUACCACUCCAUUGGGUCCCAUCCGAAGUCCUCCAGGGGGUCCAGUGCCUCUGUCUAUUUUAAUCUUAAGCAUAUUGGUGGUCCUCAUUUUAACUGUGUUUGUGGCAUUUUGCCUUCUUGUUUUUGUGCUGAGACGCAACAAGAAACCCACAGUGAAGCACGAAGGUCUGGGGAAUCCUGAGUGUGGCUCCAUGCAGCUGCAACUAAGGAAGCAUGACCACAAAACUAAUAAAAAAGAUGGACAGAGCACAGAAGCAUUCAUUCCACAAACCAUAGAACAGAUGAGCAAGAGUCACACUUGUGGCCUGAAAGAGUCUGAAACUGGGUUCAUGUUUUCAGAUCCUCCAGGACAGAAGGUCAUGAUGAGAAAUGCUGCUGACAAAGACAAAGAUUUACUGCAUGUAGAUACCAGGAAGAGACUGAGCACAAUUGAUGAGCUGGAUGAACUAUUCCCAAGCAGAGAUUCCAAUGUGUUUAUUCAGAAUUUUCUUGAAAGCAAAAAGGAGUAUAACAGCAUUGGUGUCAGUGGCUUUGAGAUUCGCUAUCCAGAAAAACAAGAUAAAAAAAACAAGAAGUCACUGAUAGGUGGUAACCACAGCAAAAUUGUUGUGGAACAAAGGAAGAGUGAGUAUUUUGAACUGAAGGCAAAACUUCAGAGUUCCCCUGACUACCUACAGGUCCUUGAGGAGCAAACAGCUUUGAAUAAGAUAUAGGCCAUGUAAUCUGACUUCAUACUGAGGACAUUAUUUAAUGAUGAAAGUGCCUUUUGUUGACUUCUAAUUUCCAAAUACUAUAUUAUCAUUAGGCAUAGAGACAGGUGUUUCCAAGGGUAUCUGAUUAACUGUAGCUCUAAAGAUGUGUCAAGUAGAAGAGACUUUCUUUAAUAGAUUUUACUACGUAAAACGUAUACUGUGGAGUCCUGUGGGGAUACUGCAAACUCUAUUGCCAAAGGGAUGCUUUAUAAAUGUAAUAUACUGAAUUUAACCUUAAGAGGCAAAUCAGUUUUGUACUCUGAUACAAAACCUUUGUCUCUUUUUGCUUUGUAAAGCAAACUCAAGAAAACUGGUACCAGUGUUUGUACCUCAGCUGGGUCCUUCAUCUUGCACGUAGAUUAAGUUUGGUGAAACUGGAAUAACCCUUCUUGAUUUGUGGCAUUGUAACAACUCUGUGUAAAGAUUACCUGAAAAGUGUACAAAACAAGCAUGCAAAGAGAGAACAUUUGAUAGUAUUUGUAAAUUGGUAAAAUAUAUGGCCUGCAUCUUGAAACUGCUGGAUUUAUAAUGUUAAAUUGUGCAAAUACUUGUUUAAAAUAUAUCAUGCAUUACAUAACUAUAAAAUAAAUUUGAACACUUUAAAUAUUACCUGUCUAUACAUAAAAUCCUAAAGGAGAAAAAAAUCAAUGUGAGUUGCAUAGCAUUUGUGGUGAUCUAGAGAAAAAUAUGAUGUUUAUCAGAAUUAAACAUGGCUCAAAUUAAACUAGAGUUUGUUCUCAGUUAUGUCAAAUACCCACAAUCCUUAAAGGUUGUCCCAAAUUAGCAAAGUGCUUACCGUGUGAGCGCACCCAAAGCUAUUUUUGUAACAUAAUUCAUAUUUAUGAAGUACUUUAUAUACUAAAUAGGAAAACAUGUACUCCUUAAUAUGUAUUUAAUAUGCCCGACUUAUAUUCCUGAUCACAGCAAAUUUAUCAGUAAGUAUAAAUUGCGAUAAGAAAAAAAUAUUAAAAUGAAACUGAAGCUAAUGUGUACAGAAAUAUUUUGGGCUCUCUGAUCAGGUGUAAUUUAAAAGUAGAAAAAAAAUACAAAAAAAUACCCACAAAAUUUAAAAAAAAAAAUCUGUGCUAUUCUUGUGAAUUUAGCAUAUUAUCUUCAGAUUUGUUACCAACUGUGCAUUUUAAAAUUAGCUCCUUAGUUUUAUAGUACUGUGUCUGGGGCAGUUGUUAUUUGCCAUCAGUUGUCUUGCUUUUCAGGAUUCUAUGAGCUUAAUUCAAAUAGUUUUAAUUACAAUAUUUAACAAAAUAAUGACUAAGGUUAAUCUAUCUUGUAUGCAUCAAUAUCCUGUUCUUUCAUCAUUCUGACUACUAUCAGAUAAUCUAGUAGAACUGUAAACAUCACAGCAAAUCUUGGCUAUCAAAGCCACAGUGUAAAAUGCUUGCACUGGACUCGGAUGAAUUCAUGAUCUACAACUACAGCUGAUAUGCCCCUGUGUUUGUGUGUGCUGUUAAGUUCUAGAUCAAAAUUGAUCAAAUGAAUGAAGUAUUUGAUAAUCUGUUGAUAUCUGAAGAUGUUUAAUAUCUCUGAUUAGAAAAUCAAUAUUCUGAAACUCAUUGCCUUUGCCUUCUUGUCCAGUUUUGUGUGCGUGUGCGUGUGUGUGUGUGUGUGUGUUGUGGUGUGAUUAAUUAUUGUAUUAUUCAGUAAGGAAGCCAAGAAAGCAAACAGGUAUUCUUCAUGAAUUUCAAAUAGCAGAUAUUUUGGUGUAGCUUCUAAAAGGAUAUUACAGUUAACGUUGUAACAACAAUCCCUUUAUUAAAUACUAAUUUCAAGAUUUUAUUUGUUGGUUCCAAUUUUUUAAAGAAAAUCUGAUAUUAUUACAAGUGUAUGUAUAUGUGUGUGUGCACGCAUGUGUAUUUGGGUGUAUAUUCAUAUAUAUAUAGUUAAUUUGGAGGAUUUUUUUAGAUAGCAAAUAAAAUCUCCCUAUGUAUGUGCUGGUGCUCUUAAAACUUUAAUGUGUAAUUUUCAGUUUCAUGACAAUCUGUGAAACUUUAUAUAAAUAUAAGUACAUCCAAACAAACAAUGCUUUCUGAUAUUGAAAGAAAAGAAGUGCGUUCAAAUGCUAAUUUUCAUCUGCAGUUUCAUAAGGACAUUUAAUAUGCCAUUACCACGCAUGCAUGCAUCCAUGGAUUAAAGGGCUCCUAAUGCACACUGACAAGGUAAAGAUGCAAAGGCUUCCAACAAAGUGUUUUUGUUUUUCCUGUCAAUAAAGUGUGAAUUCAGAAAUCUUAAAUGGACACUUAUAGGAGGAACCAGUAAACUCCAUGCAUAAUCUGGGACUAAUAGGUUGUUGGGAUCAUGCCUUUUUAUUCAGUGUGAUGAUGCUUGGAAGAUGUUUCAAGGUUUCUGCAGAAUUGUCAGCGGCAAGAGUACCUACCACCAUCUCAAAGCUUGCUGUAGUAUAUCAGCUAUCUCACACUCUACUGCUGAAAGCUAUAAAUGCUCAAAAACUUUUAAGAAAAAAAGAGUAAUUUAACUGUAUGUGCUUAUUUGGAGGUUCUACUUGUAAAUGGAAGUUAAUGAAUUCUUGGUUAAGGCUAAUAUGCUGUCCUUAACUAAAGUCAUUGUGCCUACAUUAUACAGUGUAUGCUAUUUUGCACCUAUCAUUAGUUCUUGUAUCAUUUAUGGUACUGUAGUUAUGUAUAAAUUCUUAGUUGAGUACAAGAGCAGUUUAAAUACUGUAUCUGUGUUUUUUGGCUUCAGCCUAUAUUCUUGAUGUAGUUUAACCCCUUCAGAUAUGAUAUGUACAUGGUAAGACAUUUUUUUAGUAGGCUUUGAUUCAAAUCUUAAAAAGCCAAGAAGUGAUCAUCUCUAAUGUGGUAUAACACAUCAUGGUAUUCUUGGCAUUGUAUUCUUGUGUAUGAACUGUGUUAGAACAGUUGCAGAGAACACUAGAUCUUAUGAAAUUAGUGAAGGGGUGAGAUAAUAUAUUGUGUCCGUGUAAUAUAAAUCAAGUUUUAAAUUAUUUUUUUAUGAAAUCAAUAAAAAUGAUUCAAUUCUUUAAAAGUAAAUCUUUGUGUAAUUUUAUGAGAAAGCAGCUAUUAAAGUACAGUGAUUCAAAUACAUAAGGAAAUUUAUAUCCUAUACUUCGUUUUCCAUUCUAAAUAACACUAUCAACAAAUAUGUUAAUUGAAAAGAUAUUACAGACCAUUACCAUUUGUUGCUUUUCAUAAAUAUUUAGUUUUGUGCUCCAUAAGGAAGCAAAAAUAUUAAAGGAUAUGGCCUCAUGAGUAAUGCCACAGGUAUUUCAGAAAUAUCAAAGUCAAUAUAGAAAUGUAUAGUGAUAUCUAAAAUAUCAUUUGCAAGACUUACAUGGAUCGUUUCUGAAAUGAACACAGUGAAAUUUUCUUUCAUCUUUCAUUUUUUUCUUUAAUUUUUUCUCAUCAUUGCAUCCAAAGAGUUAGGAAGAAAAUAUAUUAAGAAUGUAUUUAUAAUUACUAUUUUGAAAUAAAGUAGAGAGUAUGUAUUAUAUUGUUUUUACCCUGGUUCAAUUAUUUCUAUUUUAGAUUAAUUAAUAAAAGCAGGUGAUGCUAUAAAAUCUAAUGUAAAUCACAGAAAGAACAGUUCUAAUGAAUUUUGUUUGCUUUGAAUUACACCAAGGUAUUAGAAUUUAUUAAAUGUCAUUUUUCUGGAACCAUUAAUAAAAUUGUUUGGUACAAAGUUAUUUCUGAAGCCACUGUUUGUUAAGGAUAUUUAUCUUUUCAUUGUUUUUCAGAAAAAAAUAAAUAAAACAGUCACCAAACUGAUUAUAUAACUCAAAUUUAAGGGUGAUAUAUAUGUGUAUAUAUAUGUGUGUGUGUACAUAUAUAUAGCUUUAUAAUACUGUUUACAAUUAACUUAAUUUUUAAGCCUCUGUUAAAAGAUUUUUUUUCUUUAUAAACGUAGUUUCAAUCUGUAUUCCUUUGUAGUGGCAGUCCCUCAGAGAACAGUUGUCACACAGUGUCAAAAUCAACAUACUCUGAUCCUUUUGUAUUCUCAUCAUUUAGAAUCCAACAUAACUUCAAAUAGGCAAAUAUUAGUAUUCACUCUGAACUAUCAACUCAAAUAUUUUCAUAGAAACUUCAGAACCUCUACAUUCCAUAGCAAGCUUGACUAAUUUCAAGUUGCUUACACACUUAAUGACUAUUUUUAACUUAGCUUCUUUUAAGGUAACCAAAAAUAUCAGUCAAUUUCUUGAUAUAUUUUCUGUGGUUGAAAAAAAAUGAACUAAUUGAAUUAUUGUUAAAUUGAGUGAAGAAAAAAAUAUUGAAAGACUGCAUAUGCCAUAAAGUGAUUUUAAAUCAUGUAUUCUUAAGCUAAUUGAAAAAAGAGUGCACAGAAGUAUAAAAUGAGAUUCCUGUGGCUUUAUAACUAUACAUAAACUGUGCUGGAAGUUGACACAAUAUAGAUGGGAAGCACAAGGUUCUCAACCACUCCAAUUUAUAGACAAGUGACAUCAAGUCAAGAGCCAUACUCAUGUUCAGUGUUCAUUCAAUUAGUUACAGGUCAGAUGAACUGAACUGAACUGUUGGCAGUGUCCCUUACUAGGAAUAGUUUCAAAUUUAACUUACAAUUGCUAUCUCUCAAUUGCAGAUUUCUAGGGGAUCUCCCUUUUGUUAAAUUAAAACCAAAUGGGAGAUUAAAUGAACCCAAAUAACUUAUUUGUGUUUAAAAAAGCUAUGUGUAGUAUAAAUUUUAAUUUAAUUUUAUUAUAUUAUUUUCCUUAUUUUAUUUAGUUUCUAGUGAUUUAUAGAAUAUUAUUGGAGAAGGAAAAAUUAAAGAAAUUGGCUCUAUUAUCUUUUAUAUGAAAUACUAUGGUAUUCUAUAAUUUUGCAAAACUUUUUUUAUUUUGUUGUUCUUAUAUUUACACAGGGGAAAUGCAUUGAAGAUCUGAGGCAAUUGAAUACUUUGGGUUCAGAAAAUAUGACACUGGGAAUAUAAAAGAUCUGAGUUCCACAUUAUUUGGUAAUUACAAGUUACAAUUGCAAUAGAACCCAGAACCAAGAGAUAACAAGUAAAUAUUCCACUAUAGUUUGCUUUUGUAGACAUUGCUUGCACAUAAUCACAAAUUCUAGCCAUUCUAAUAUUAUGAUAUAAUGGAAAAUUAAUUUAAAAUUUAUGAAUAAAGUUCUUAGAGAGAUAAUGGGAGUAUGUAAUGAAUAAAUACCUGCCUUUACUUUUAAAUUGGCUAUAGAGAUUUAAGGAAGUCUUUUAGAGUACCUGAACAAUGUAUUUCUCUCAGGAACUCACAAACAAAAAUGCUGUUGGUAAACAUCUAAGGAACCCAUGUUGUGCAAUUGAUAUUAAUUAUGGAAACAUUUAAGAAUUGCAUUAAGCAUUUUCCUCCUUACUAAGAAAUUACAAUGUAUAUUGACACCAUUGUUUUAUGUGAACUGAAUUAUUGUGCUAAAAUUCUGGAGUUGUUAUGGAGUAACUUUAAUGCUGUUUUCAAGAAUAAAAGU